UUCAGUCGAGCACGCGGCCAUUCACAGUUUAAGGUCCCUCCUGUGACUCUGGAUGACGAGCAGGUGCGCGGCUCCAUUGGAAAGCUUUUUGUUGAAGUGGCGGAUUUCAUUAGCGAGUUCAAGUCCAGCUCGAGUGUGUCAAACGAUGCUGAUGAAGUUGGAAAGUAAUGAGCGAGGAUGCUGAAGCUGCCGGGAAGCCCGCUUUGUUCGGAGGAGCGCAAAGCUUUUGUGCCGCUGUCAUCCCGCAGCUUGUUCCCUGCUGCUUUGUCUUCACUUGGCCCUCUGAUACCGACCGUGAGCCGUGUGGUUUGUCAGGGUUGGACUGCAACCACCAGCUGCAACAGGAGGCCGGGGCCAUGAGUCUGUAUGGAGUUGGUGCCAGCGGAGUGGGCCGGACCAGAGAGACAGGAGGAGCGGAACAUCAUCGAGAACAGCGGCGGCGGUCCAGCGAUCGUUCACGCGACUCCUCGCAUGAGAGAGGGGAGAGCCAGCUCACGCCUUGCAUAAGGAAUGUUACGUCUCCCACUCGACAGCAUGACCGUGAACGUGGCGAUGGCGGCUCAUCCUCCAGAUCCUCCAGCCCGCGUCCUCCCAAGGUCUCUUAUCCCCAUUCGCAUGUAGGAGGAGCUCUGAUUGGGGGGCACAUGCCUCGAUCCCUUGGUCCUGCUUUAGGGGACCACCACUCAAACCUUUUGAGCCAAGGACCCUGUGAUAUGAUCUACGUAUACGACCUCGGCAGCAAGGAGCAUCGUGGUGGGCUGCGACCGGGAGAGAGAGUAACGCUUAUUGUAGAUAAUACAAGAUUUGUAGUGGACCCCGCCAUCUUCACAGCUCAACCCAACACCAUGCUGGGCAGGAUGUUUGGAUCUGGGCGGGACAACAACUUCACUCGACCCAACGAAAAAGGAGAGUUUGAGGUUGCAGAUGGAAUCAGUUCCACCGUCUUCAGAGCCAUACUGGAUUACUACAAGUCGGGGAUAAUCCGCUGCCCUGACGGUGUUUCCAUUCCCGAGCUGAGGGAGGCAUGUGACUACCUCUGCAUCUCCUUCAACUACAGCACCAUCAAGUGCAGAGACCUCAGCGCCCUGAUGCACGAGCUGUCUAACGACGGAGCCCGGCGUCAGUUCGAGUGUUACCUGGAGGAGAUGGUGCUGCCGCUGAUGGUGGCCAGCGCUCAGAGCGGGGAGAGGGAGUGUCAUGUGGUGGUGCUGACUGACGACGACGUGGUGGACUGGGAUGAAGAGUACCCACCGCAGAUGGGAGAGGAGUACUCUCAGAUCAUCUACAGCACCAAACUCUACCGCUUCUUCAAGUACAUUGAGAACAGAGACGUUGCCAAGUCAGUGCUAAAGGACAGAGGACUGAAAAAGAUCCGACUGGGAAUAGAAGGAUAUCCAACCUAUAAAGAGAAAGUGAAGCGGCGCCCUGGUGGUCGUCCUGAGGUCAUUUACAACUACGUCCAGCGUCCCUUCAUCCGCAUGUCCUGGGAGAAGGAGGAAGGAAAGAGUCGCCAUGUGGACUUCCAGUGCGUCAAGUCCAAGUCAACCACCAACUUGGCUGCAGCUGCUGCAGACAUCCCCCAGGACCAGCUGGUUGUCAUGCACCCUCCUGGGCCGCAGGUGGAUGAGCUGGACACUCUGUCACAGCCGACGGAAAACAGCCCGGGCCCCCCACUAGCGCAGGCCUACGAGGGACUGAACCAGCAGGCCCAGGACAACCCGAGCCAGGCGGCGCACAGCCUCCCCCACAGCAACCAGCAACACAACAGCAGCCACACUCAGGCCACUUACCACUACGAUCCGGACCCUGACACGCCGUCCCCCUCUGCAUGACACCCCUCCUCCUCUGUUCACACUGCGAGCAACAAAGGCGUUCAUUAAACACAACACAUUUUUAACAGCUCUGAUUCUCUCCGAACGGUGACAUACAAAAAGCUGACAGACGAUGAGCACACACGACCCAAACUUUAAGUGAUUCAAGCCACUUGUUGCUCUGAGUGUGAACGCUGACUUCUUCCCCCCUCCUCCUGAGUGGCUAAACACCACUUUGCCUUCUGUUGCACCUCUGCUGCAGCCGUUCAGGGGACACAGCAUCCGAGUGAACAUGAACUAAAGCACAUCAGCAGACGUCCUCACCCAACUCUGUUCACUUUGUUUUCUUUACCCGACCAAAGGAGAAUUUAGCCCCAUCUGUACAUGUGAAAGACAGAGUACUGUUUUACAUGAUGAUGAAGCAUGUGUGAAAGCUGUGUGUUGUGUGUUUCUGUACCUCGCUGGGAAAGUGGAUUUCAGUGCCUCUUCCUUUAUUUUGGGAGGUUAGUGUCAGAUGUGAGAAGAGUCACUUUUUCCAGAGUAAAAGGCCUUGAAAAGUUUUUUUGUUCCACAACAUUGAAGAGAUUUUUCUUAAAAUGUUCCACUCUAGUUUGAUUCCUAGAUUAUCCUGUUUUUACAGUUUGAGUCUUGACUGCGCUGCUCUGAAACUGCACAGAUUUAUCAUCACUGCUGUGAGCACACAAGAUGUCCAACAGUGUUUUUCUAAUAAACUGUAUUCACAACUACA